AAAACAAAAUAAAAAUAAAUUGAUAACUGAUCAAUUUUAAUACCAACAGAAUUAUAAGGUGGGCUCAUCAAAAGAAAAAUCCCAAUCUUAAAACUGAAAGUUUAAAGUUUAAUGAUGUAAAAAUAAAGAAAAAGUAAAAUUUCUUAACCACCGCGUAUUUUUCAAUCCUUUGCUAACUAGGAACAGAAAACAUGUAAAUGCACUAUAAAUAUUCCUCUUACUCGAAAACAAUUGAGGGGGACUGUCAGGUGCUGAUUCAUAAGCUGACAUACAUGCAAAUGUCCUAAAGAAUAAAGCAAUUGUCAGGAACGCACAGUUCACCUAAAGUUCCAAGACCACCUGCUGAAAACCGGUCACAGGCGAUCAGCCUGGAGGCGACCCACCACACCGCACCCCGCCCCCGCGCCGGCAUCCUGCUACUGCGCAUGCUCAGUGUCGGAGCUUGAGCGUGGGACGCCCUGGAGAAAGAUGGCGGCGCCCAGCGUCUGCACUCCGCUGCACGGGCAUGUGGGCCGCGGCGCCUUCACCGAUGUGUACGAGCCUGCAGAGGACACGUUCCUGCUCCUGGAUGCUCUCGAGGCGGCUGUAGCCGAGCUCACGCGAGUGGAAAUAUGCCUUGAAGUAGGGUCAGGGUCUGGAGUGGUAUCCACGUUCCUAGCCUCCAUGAUAGGUCCUCAAGCUUUGUACAUGUGCACUGACAUCAACCCUGGAGCGGCCGCUUGCACCCUGGAGACUGCACGUUGUAACAGAGUUCACAUACAGCCCAUAAUCACAGAUUUGGUCCAAGGCUUGCUACCAAGAAUGAAGGAAAAAGUUGAUCUUCUGGUGUUUAAUCCCCCCUAUGUAGUGACUCCAUCUGAGGAGGUAGGAAGUCACGGAAUAGAAGCGGCCUGGGCUGGUGGCAGAAAUGGUCGCGAAGUCAUGGACAGGUUCUUUCCAGUGGUUCCAGAUCUCCUCUCGCCAAGAGGGUUAUUCUACUUGGUUACUAUUAAGGAAAACAAUCCAGAAGAAAUUCUGAGAACAAUGAGGAUGAAAGGCCUGCAGGGGACCACUGCCCUCUCCAGGCGCACAGGCCAGGAAAUGCUUUCAGUCCUGAGGUUCGCCAAGUCCUGAUACCAUGUCUGCUCCAGGUGAUACUUGAUCUGUUAUAGUUAAUGUACAUGACUACAUAUCAUACUGAAUAUAAUUAUCGUAUUGUGUACAUGUAUUUAUAAGAUGAAUGUAUUUGCCAUAUUUUGAAAUUGAAAUAAUUUCUUGCUUAACGCGUAAAAUUGUCAGAAAUGGGUCACAGGGAGAAAGGGGGAAGGGUACGGCACUUCCUUCCACCCAGGAGUCAAGCCUACAACAGCAUUUGCGUAAGUGCAAGGAAAUAUAUACAUUACAUAUAACUUGUUUCUAUAUAUAAAUGAUAUUUACAUUAUACAUAAAAGGAUAUGCACUUCAGCAUUACCUAUAAGGGUAAAAGAAGGGAAUCAACCUAUCUGAUCAUUAUUUAAGGGGCUGGUAAGAUCGAUCGCAGUGCAUCCAUCAUGACACUGCACGCAAGCCACAUCCAGCUGUUGAGUGAGUCGGAUCUGUGGGUCCUGAACCGGCAGGGUACUCAGGAUGUACCACUGAAUAAACAAGCAGCAAGUUAC